CAGACCAGUUGUUGGUCAUUUUGCUACAAUCCGCUACAGGACUGGUUUGUACAGAAUGAAUGUGUGCUGUCAAAAAUAACAGAGUGUACGAAACACAACAAGGAGCUAUGUUGAAUAGUUAACGAUAAAGUUUCUAGUAUAUAGAGGUGAAAAAUGCUGUCCUAUUUGGUUACCUAUUCGCGUCACAUCAUAGUCAUUGGAUUGGCCGUGCUGCUGUUUGUGUUUCUUUCCCGCGAGCCCAACGAUCGGACCACCGACGAGGAAACUACCCACGUGGAAGGGACCAAUGAGAGAUUGUUUACGGAGCAGGAACUGACUCAAUACGAUGGCAGCGAAGGAAGUAAAGGUAUCUUUCUCGUAAUCCUGGGAUAUGUGUACGAUGUGAGUAGCGGAAUCAAACACUAUGGUCCUGGUGAGGCGUAUAACAUGUUCGUUGGUCACGACGCCACAAGAAGCUUUAUUACGGGUGAAUUCGAAGAGUUCAGUUCCGAGCUGUCCGACGUUUCGUCGCUCACAGGAACGGAACUGAUGUCCCUCGUCAAGUGGAAGUCUUUCUAUGAUAAAACAUAUCAAUACAGGGGGAAACUGAUUGGACGCUAUUUCGACGAGCGCGGUGACCUGACUGAGUACCAUAAAUUGGUUCUCGAGAAAGUGGCAAUCGCCGAAGCUGAGGACGGUAAACCGAAACAGGAGUAUCCGCUGUGUAAUGUCGAGUGGAAAGAGGAGACUGGAACAAAGGUUUGGUGUACAUCACGAAGUGGCGAUGGGCUCGAAAGAGGCUGGGUUGGGAAACCGCGACGAUACGUGAAGCAAGAGGACAAGACACCGUUUUGUGUUUGUGUACCUGAUGAGGUCGAGAGUGAUGCUCUGGAACCAUUUGAUAACUGUGAUCGGGAAGAGGUGGAUUGUUAUGCGAAAGAUAAUUCAGAAAAAUAAAAAUACUAUUCAAUGUACCGUU